GCCCAAAGGUGGGAUUAUUCCCAUGAAUUUUUCCUUUCUUAUAUUUUCCUCUAAUUAAUUUGUGGAAUGUUAUGGUGCAUGCAGACUAUUGAUGUAUGGUUAUAGUCACUCCUUCCUCAACAUCUUGCAAAUAAUCUAGAAUUACUAUAAAAUAUAAUUACAUGUUAAUGAAGUGAGGUGCAAGCAAGAAUCAUGGAUGGAAAUGUGUUUAUUCGCGCUGUAGAAGGAGUAAAAUUUAUUAGGUCCGAAGAGGGAAUUAUACGCACUAAGCCCUUUUUGGAUUUGUGCAAAUUGUUACUACCCCUUAUAGACAAGUUUGGCUCACAAAUGUCCUGUAUAAAGGCUGAUGUUGCAUGUAAUAUCACAAAAUUGGAAUUGAAAUAUGCCUCUAACCCUUCGAAAUACAGUAAUUUGUGUACUAUGACAAAAGAGGAGGUUGAUUCUAAGAUAGCAAGGAGUUCAUCAAGUUGCACUAAUGCACUUGUUUGGUUGAACAGGGCAAUGGAUUUUAUGGUACAAUUUUUUCGCAACCUAUUAGAGCAUCCAGAAUGGUCCAUGGCACAAGCUUGUACAGAUUCUUACAAGAGAACACUAAAGAAAUGGCAUGGUUGGAUGGCCAUCUCAACCUUUAAGGUUCUCAUUAAGCUUGCUCCAGACAGAAAGAAAUUUAUGUGCUCAAUAGGUGGGAGUGUCGAAAUUAAUGCUGAGAUUGAAAAUUUAUGUAGAACUUUUGCUUCAGUACUUGAAGAAAAUCACAAAAUCUUGGCUAGUUUUGGAGUUGAUGAUAUUAAAACUCCAUAAAGCUAAGUGUACAUACGUUAUACAAACAAGCGCGUUUGAUGGUUUAGCAGACUUAAUGGCGCAACUUUUAUGACCAUUUCUCUAGCAAGCUUAAGCUCUACUGCUAGAGUUGAGUAGCCUUUCUAUCAUUCUUGUAACAAACGAAGAGUAAUUACUACGAAGUAUUAAUUAGUUGCUCAACCAUCAUGUAAUUAGUUGCUCCACCAUCAUGUACAUGAUCCCUCCCUUUUUGAGCAAGAAUUCGUUUCUCAAAUCCUACAUUUCUAAUAAAAUAUACAUUUUUGUACGAUGCCAUAUGACAAUUUUUUUAUUUUUUUUAUUUUUAUGAU